AUUUGGCCUGGCCAGGCCCCUUUUUUUCGACAAAGCCGCCGCCGCCGCCUUAGCGCGAGCAGCACCUCGGUCCCCCGUUUUGAGAAGGCAACCUUCCCAUGGCGCGAAGGCCCAGCGAUGCCUUCUCCCAGUCCAGCGCCGGCAGCGAGGCGGCGUCGGCGCGCCCGCGCCGCAUGUCGAUGGAGGAGGACAUGUUCUACCGGGAAGUUAUGACAUCGCGACCCGCCAAGCCGCCAAGUUACGAGUCAGCCAUGAAGGCAGCCGUCGCCGCGCAGAGAAGAGCCCUUUCUGCUGCACAAGGCGGCUCUUCGAGGGCCGUGCCCCAAGACGUGCUGCCACAGUACUCGUGCGAUAUCCACCUCGAGGGGGUGUUCAUGCGCAAAAUGGAAAUCGAGGAGACGACGAAGCGAGCCGAGUAUCGCGACUGGAGGAUGGUCUAUGUCGAGCUGCGCGGCACUGCCUUCAACAUAUAUUCGGUCAAAAAGGAGCGCGGCUGGUGGUCGACGAAGCAUGACGGACCCGACAUCUGUCCCGACAAGCCGCCGUGGGUGAAGCGGUCGACCUUGGAGACGAGGUACAGCCUGCUCCAUGCGGAUGCGGGGAUUGCCGCCGACUACAGGAAGCGGCGAUAUGUCAUUCGCAUGAGGGCCGGGACGGACCAGUUCCUAUUAUCCUGCGUCGAACUCUCGACUUUUGUCAAGUGGCUUGACGGCAUAUUCGCUGCCAUUCACGUGUCGCCGCCGAUCGACGAGCGCGACUUUCCUCGAGAUUUCAGCAUUCCGCGGAUCCAAAGGAUAAGAUGGCUACGAGGGCAGCGGCCACAGCCCGAGGACAACAUCGGCUUCCACCGGCUAACCGAGCAGCGGAGGCAAGAAGGGGCCGGCGCUGAUGAGGAUGGCGCCGAGGACCAGGGCGGCGAGCCGCCAGAUACAACCCACGGAGCGGAGGAAGAAGGAACAUCCGGUCAAGGCCCACGGACCGGCCACCCGAUCGUGGGGAGGUUAUCGACGACAUCGUAUCCGAACGAGAAUAUCGACCCCGAGACGGGCAAGUGGAAGCCGCACCACGCUUGGACGGCGACGCACGACCUGAUGUACGCCCGGCUCUGCUACAGCGUGUUGCUGUUCAAGAGCCCCCGCAAGAGCAACUAUGUGAUUUCGCAGGGCAAGCGCUGGUACGUCGACUGGGCCACGGGCCGCAUGGUCCGCGUGCUGCCACCCGAGUACGGCGAGGUGGACGUCAUGGGCCCGUGGCAGGUCAUCAUGCCCGAGAACAGGCUGCUCUAGUCGGGCUUGCGUCUCUGCUUGGCAGCUGUGGGGUUUCUGCUUCCUUUGUGGCCGCUGCUUGCCAUUUGCUUGCGCGAACGCAUAGAGCGCCUCGCUUCGUUUGUCUUGUUUGCUUCACUUGUUUUAACGUUUACGGCGCGGAGUUCUGGGGGGUACCGGCGGAGCAUUGGAUAUAUAUACACUUGGCUGGCGAGAUUUUGUUGUCUGCAUAUCACUUAGCAUGGCAAGGGACGGUUGCGACAAGUAGGCGGGGGUGGGUGGACGGGUUGGCGGUCGAAGCAUUAUAUAUACC